GUCACAGUGCUGCACAGUAGGGACAGCACAGAGUGCAGGAUCCCGCUGGAGUGCUCAGUCUCAGCAGCACUCUGAAGCCACUAGCCAUGAUUAUUUGGGGUCUCCUUUCCUUCCUCCUCUUCACUGUGGCCAGCGGAAUCCCCGUUGGAGACCAGGAUGAGGACAUCCAAGUGCAGGAGAAUUUUGAGGCUGAACGGUUGUACGGGAAGUGGUUUGACAUUGCCAUUGGCACGACCUGCAAAUGGAUGACGAUCUACAAGGAGAAGUUCAGCAUGGGCACGMUGGUGCUGGGGCCUGGCUCCAGCGAGGAUCGGAUCAGCACUGCCAGCACCAGGCUACGGCAAGGUGACUGCACACAAGUCUCAGGGGAGUACCAGAAAACCAGCACCCCUGGCAAAUACACCUACUACAACCCCAAAUGGGAUGUGUCUAUCCAGUCCUAUGUGCUCCGUACCAACUACGAGGAAUAUGCUGUCAUUUUGAUGAAGAAGAAAAGCAGUUUUGGCCCAAGCACCACUCUGAAGCUGUAUGGGAGGAGUCCAGAGCUGCGGGAGGAGCUCAUUGACUCUUUCUAUCAGCUGGCUCUGGAGAUGGGCAUCCCUGAGGACUCCAUCUUCAUCCUGACCAACAGAGGUGAAUGUAUUCCUCAGCAGACUGAAAAUGCUCCCCAGAGGGCACGGAGAGCUGUCCUACCCCCGGAGGAGGGCUCAGCYGCAGGACCCCUGCCCCCUUACAUUGGCAAUAAGGAAGACCUGUGCCGGCUGAGCCGGGACCCCGGGCCCUGCAGCGGGAUGCUCUCCCGCUUCUUCUACAACUCCUCCUCCAUGGCCUGUGAAACCUUCCUCUACGGAGGCUGUCUGGGCAACGGCAACAACUUCUACUCAGAAAAGGAGUGUCUACAGGCGUGCAGGACCGAGGCUGCCUGCAGGCUGCCCAUUGUCCCAGGUCCCUGCCAGGCACCGGUGACACGCUGGGCCUUCGAUGCGACCCAGGGCACGUGCAUCACCUUCAGCUACGGGGGCUGCAAGGGCAAUGGGAACCAGUUCUACUCGGAGAAGGAGUGCAAGGAGUACUGUGGGGCUCCUCAGCUGACAGAGGACGAGGAGUUUCUGCAUCUCUCAAACUGAUGCAGGCGGAGGAUGAGGGGCUGCCACCCAGCAUCGAGGUACCGCAGGAUGAUGCUGGACACUGUGGCAGCACAGCAGRUGCCUCCAGCAAUAAAUGUCUCCAAUGUCACCAAAGA